AUGGACACCCAGGAGAGAAUAAAGCUGGAACGCAAGAGACAGAGGAACCGAGUCGCCGCGUCAAAGUGUAGACGGCGAAAACUAGAACGCAUUUCAAAGCUGGAAGAAAAAGUGAAAUUACUGAAGGGGGAAAACGUGGAGCUAGCGCAGAUGGUAGUGAAGCUGAAGGACCACGUCUCGAGGCUGAAGCAGCAGGUGCUGGAGCACGCCAACGGCGGCUGCCACAUCGACACGCACUUCUGA